GCUCAGGAGGAGCCUGGCUGGCCGGCAGAGGCAGGCAGCGCGUCGGAGGGGCCGGCGGGGCAGCAGCGCCCGGGCUGCGCUGCAAUCCCCUCCCCCUGCGCGCCCCCUCCCCUCCCCCGGGCCGCCGCCGCCGCCUGCCUUCAAAAGGCCCACCGCCGUAUAAAAGGGCGGGCGACGGGGCUGGCAGCAGAGCAAGCUGGAGCGAGGCGGCGCCGGCUGGACGCGCCUCGGGGCCGAGGCCGGCCCUGGCUGAAUAAACUGGCGGGAGCCAUGAACGUGGUGGGCGGUUACCCGGGCCACCCGCACCCGGCGCUGCUCCACGAGCCUUUCCUCUUCGGGCCGCCGCCGCUGCCGCCGCCGCCCCAGGCGCGCUGCUUCCCUCCCGCCGACCGGUCCUUCCCGCCGGGCUGGCUGCUCAGCGCCGCCACCGACCUCUCUCCGCCUCCACCGCCGCCGCCGCCGCCCCCGGCCGAGCUGCUGUGCGCGGCGGCGGCGGCGGCGGCGGCGGGCGGGCUGGGCUCGUCGGGCUCGCCGGGCUCGUCGUACGGCAGCAGCCCUCCGGAGGGUCUGGGGGGCCGCCGUCGUCGGGCGGGCGGGCCAGGGCCGGGCGGGCCGCGCAAGGAGCGGCGGCGCACGGAGAGCCUGAACAGCGCCUUCUCGGAGCUGCGCGAGUGCAUCCCCAACGUGCCGGCCGACACGAAGCUGUCCAAGAUCAAGACGCUGCGCCUGGCCACCAGCUACAUCGCCUACCUCAUGGAGGUGCUGGCCAAGGACCGGCCCGCCGCCGACGCCUUCAAGGCCGAGCUCAAGAAGGCCGAGCCCCGCGGCGGCGGCGGCGGCGGCGGAGACGUCAAGAGGAAGCGCGAGCCGCAGCAGCCCGAGGUCUACUCUCACUCUUUAGGCCACGGCGAGAAAAGGCUUAAAGGCAGGACUGGCUGGCCUCAGCAGGUCUGGGCGCUGGAACUGAACCAAUGAAACCCGGGAGUUUCCCGUCUCCAGGACGAACUCGGCCUUCCCCACCCCAUCCCCGAGCACGGAGCCCUCCGCCGAAGAGGCUCCCCGUCUGCUGAUCCGCCCUCUCCUCUGCAGCCUCGGAGGGGGCGAGCCGCCAUCGGUGAUGUUCAUGUGCAAUGUGGAGGCUGCAGAGGGGGCGAACCGGAGGAUGUUGCACGCCUGGAAACGGAGAGGAGAGAAGAGAGAGGGUCGCUGCACACCCCCCCCCCCCGCGCCGACCCCGCAGCGAGAGACCGGCGAGCUCCGGGAGCUUACCGGACGCCUUUUCCACCCCCCUGAUCCCGACAGCCCUCUCCCUUGGCAGGAAGCCCCCGAAGGGAUUUUGAAUGUGUUUAAGGAAUCAGGGUGCCACUGACUGAUGUGUCCAGACAGCGCGGAAACUUGUCCCGCCUGACAUUUGAUAUUGUGUUGCACAAACAAAGACUCGAGCUCCUCGGGCCGAGACUCCGUCGCUGAAGGCAGGACUUGGGACGUGGAGCCGGAGGCGACUUCGGGAUCUGCGGCGUAGUAGGCCCCGCUUCCUCUCUUCCUCGUGGGUGGGGUGAGCUUCUCCACCACCGUUCUCGGCACGUGGACUUGGAGGGACGCCCCACCGGUCUUCGGCGCCAUUGACAGCCACCCACGUAAAAGGGGGAUCCUGAGCGUGCUGAGUUGGGCGCUCCCGUCUCUUGCACUCUCUGAGCAUCCGCGUUGUGAUGCUGAUCUGUCUGCCAGCAUCUUUCCAGCGCCCGUCCCCGAUAGACUUCCUUAGUUCCGCUGAGAGCACCGCGACGACUUCCCGGCCGUAACGAAGAUCACAGCUUUACUUGGGCGUAAAUUAAAUCCCAUUUUUGAGCACUGCCCACCCCAAAUUACUUUUCCCUUUUAGAGUUAAAUCAGGUGCCUUGUUCUCGCUCCAACUGAAACGAAGACCGCAGUUGGUUGCUUGAUUUCAGCGCAGGUCCAAGCCUCUUGUUUUGUAGCAGGGGGUUCCUUGCUUCGGCUUAAAACUACCCUCAAGCCCAGCUCAGUUCCAAGUGCUUUCUGUAAUAAGGUUGUAGGGCAGGGCUAGAAGACAGGGAGUCCUACUUGGAUUAUUCAGCCUGGCCCCAUAGUUUCCUUCACUCCAAUGAUCCGUGGCUUGCUUUAGAAAGCAGGUAGAUUUUAGGGAUGCUUAAAGCAUGGUUCAAGCCCAAAGGGCAGGAUCCGGAGGCCGGGAUUAUAGCGAGGUCGCUGGGUCCAUGAGGCCCGGUUACCAAGCUGGGAUCCCGAUUUGAGCAGUGAAGAUGUGAAAAUGCACUCGGAGGUAGUUGGGGUUUCAAAAACUUUGGAUAGGUUAGUUCCCCUUCUUUUGUUUUCUCCAGCAGUUUUGAGGGGUGGUUCUGCAUUUCCCUCGGGAAAAGAUAUGGGCAGGGUCCUGCCAAGGUUGACUAUUUUUUAAAUACCCGUGGAUUUUAACCAGAGGGGUAAGAGCGUGAUUAAAUUACUCCUUGCAAUCAGUGGGACUAAAGAUACAUCACUGUGGCUGGAUUAAGUUUAGCAUUAUUGUUUGUUUUCAUGUAAAUAGACACAACACAACUGUCUUUUCUUUAUUGACCUCAUUCACCUUCCCCCCCUCCAUCCUUCCACUCCCAAUGUUGUUGAAUUUUUAAAAAUGUAUUUAAACUACCUAAGUGGGUGCAUUUGAUACGUUUCCUAUAUUGGGUUUUCUACCUCAAAUUUGUAUGACCACUUGCUAAGAUAACAGGUUUGCCAAGCCAAAUAUUUAUGUGGAUUUUAAAAUAAAUAACUAAAUAAAUCAAAGCUUUAUGAAAA